AACGUCAAGGGUGGACCACCGGUUUAUGGAAACGCAAUGACAAGCGUUCGGCCUCCCCAGAACCUGAACUUGAGGAACGUCAAGGGUGGACCACCGGUUUGUGGAAGCGUGAUGCCUCCCCUGAACCUGAGCUUGAAGAACGCCAAGGGUGGACAACCGGUUUAUGGAAACGAGAUGAUGAUAAACGUUCCGCCUCCCCCGAUCCUGAAUUUGAAAAACGCCAGGAAUGA